AUGGGCCAGCCUCAAUCUAUUGGAAGUCGUUCUUUCAUUGCUGAGAACCACUGGCAAGGUCGUAUUAUCGACCCAGAUGUAAAAUUCGAUCCACACUCCGACCCUCGGUCAGCCGUUGCACCAGCUGUCCGUGACAGAUUUGGGGACGUUUCUGAACUCCAGACUCGAGGGUUCAUAGAGGAUAGGAUCUGCGCUUGUUGGAACUUGACAAGCGUCAGCUUAUUCUUCUCCUUGAUGACCUCCAACAGAACAUACCAUAGGGAUCUUCUAUUUCGCCCAGCCUUUACAAGUCUUUCAAUUCCAAACUGCACAGUCCUCUGGCGGGUUGCACAGAAAUUUUCCCUGGAAGAAGCCAGUAACGAAUUGGGAAAGGCAUUUAAGAAGGCUUACGCAAACUAUGAUAGAAAGAAAGACCAGAUUGAAGAAAAAAGCAGGAUUGAAGAUGAAGCAUUCCGCAUUCUCGCCCGGUGCCUUGAUUUCACAAAAAAUACCACGACCGCUCCAUCGAUUACAUUGCAACGCCAACUGGACGCCACUGCCGCACCGCAUAACGUGAACGACAUCGGAUCCGCCGUUGCUCGAGUCCCCGAACCAACCAAGGAUACUCUCAGAUCCCUCACCGUAAAGUCUGUUUUCAAUGAAUUCUCAAGCACGGAGGCCACAAACCAUUUAGCCCAACUCGUCGCUGGAGUAGAGGAAGCCAUUUCCAGACGGGACAAGUUCAUCGUCGAUCAGCUACACAAGGAGGAUGCCAAAAUCAACAAGGAGCUUUAUGGACUCCUUGUGGAAAAAACGCGACAUGAAAAGGCGGGAAAAGUCCGUCUUGGGAUCAAGAGGCUCGGAAGUUGCAUCGACGCCCUCCACGACGAUGACGAGCCUCUGCUACUGCACAGUGGUGCAAGGCGAGCCUUGAAUGCGCUCGAGGAGGAAAUCAAGAAAUUACCCACCAAACGAUCCAGGGACUAUGAAUCGGAAUCAGCAGCCCUCAGAGGAAAGCAAAAGCGGAUCAAGACACAAGUUGAGCUUCUCGCGCAGACAGAACGUACCUUUUCUGCCUCGGAACACCUCAAAGUUUAUUAG